AUGGCCAGUACAGACCAGGUCGCACCAGCGAUCUCAUCCUCGUCCUCGCUGCAUAGUAUCUCCAAGCCGACGCGUAGUCUACCUCCCGAACCACUCGAUACCGAAGCCGCGGCUCAGACUCAGCCCAACGGCUCCAUCGGCCACGAACCUGUAAUCGCAUCACCAGUCGAUGACAAGAAUUACAAGGAUGAAGAGAACGAGAAAGCAGCACUCUUGACACCUAUCCGAGCACACUAUCUCAAGAAAUCGCUCGUCUCAUUACAAUUCCGCCGCGAACUCGAUGGCAUAUCCACUUCGUCGCCUUUGCCAAAUGUCUCGACGCUCUCCUAUCUGGGCUCACCGUUCAACGCACCACCUCGCGAUGCCCCUCCUCUUGAUCUUCCAUUCCUGAAAUACAUGUUCCGCCAGUUCGUGCUUACGUUUCCCUUCCUCGCCUCGGCGCCGAAGAAUUUCUUCCCGGAGAAGCUUCAGCCAUUCAUUGCUAGCGUCCUUUCGCGCAAUCUUUCAGGCACAAAUAUCAUGGAAGAGGGUGAAGAGGAUACAGAAGAUGCUAUGCGAAGGAAAGUGCUGUCGAAGUUAGAGAAACAAUUCUCUCUGGUACUGGUUUCAGCCACAAAGCUCGUUGAAGCUGAGGAAGUAGUGCGGCUCACUCAAGCCGAUCUGAACCGUCUGGAGACGAUUGCCAGGAAACGACAGGCGAGACUUCAAAAGAAGAAGGAAGUAUUUGAGGUCAAUAUUGUCUGCGUACGGGCUGUGGUUGAUAAGGGUCGUAUGAGAAGCAAGGUUCACGAGGAGUUCAUCAUCAGGACUCGGCGGACCAAUUUCCCUGACGUAUUCGUAUCAAGGCGAUAUGGUGACUUUAAAACCCUGGCUGAAGAGCUCCGCAAACGCUACCCUGAGGAAGAGGUUCGACCCCCUCCGGCGAAAGACAAAUCGACUGUGGUAACGAGUGCUGCAUCAACAGCAGCGGCUACUAGUCCUUCGUCCACAUUGAUGCCGUCAUCUCUGUCCAGCCAAGCAAACGACAGCCAAGAAUCAGUUAUAUCUCUGAGCACACAGCAAGCGAUCCAGAAUAUACGGCUGGCUCGGGAGAAGAACCGCCUGACGUUACGAGCAUAUCUUAAUUCACUUCUCAAUAAUCCUACCUUAGGGUCAUCACCAGUAUUAUUACAUUUCCUUUUGUCAAAUCCGACAAAAUUAAGCAGGGACGAGUUGGAAGAUGCUCACAGAAGGGAGGAAUAUGACCGAAGGCGAGACGAAGGACGGAUUCAUUUUGCACAUGCGAUUGCUGCACGCGUUGAAGGUCUGCGAGGUGCUAUUAGGACUGUAAAGAGUGACGCCAUGGCGAAGGACGGUUUGAUGCACAUUUUUUCCUGUGUUCGAGCAACGGCAAACGUUCAUGAUCUUCCUCAAGAGUAUCAGGCGGUGUUUGAAUGGGGGCGUAUAUCUUUGGCAUCGAGUAUAUUCCAGCACUUCGUGGCGUCUGACGAUGCAUCAGAGAACUUUGCAUCCCUGAAGCGGCUCCACGGUCUCAUGCCAUAUCUUGUGCUCAGAGGUAUUCUGAAAAUUAGCAACCCUAUGGCGAUGGUCCGGGGUGUUCUCGAUCUUUUCUUAGCUCAACCCUUCGGCGGGCGAAGCCUAUUGCAGAGGAUGUUUACGAGUUCGCUGCAGGAGGGUGUCAGCGCACUUCAAGAGGAUAUCGAAUCUGUCAAGGAGAAAAUUGAAGACGACGUCAUUUGUGAGAAGAUUCGUCAGUUCAUAUAUGCGCCGCGGGAGAUCCAGAAUAUUUACAAAGCGGAUGCUGUUGCGGAAGGUGUAAAUCUCUUGACUGUUGUUCUUCGAUCUGGAGAGGCACCUGCAUUGACGCGUCCCCAAUUGCAUCGGGUGAUGCGUGCGCACCGUGCACAUGCCGAAUACCUUCGACAACGCGCCGAGUUUGUAGACUCAGACGACGAUGACGGUCCCCAGGAUGAAGAUGCUUGGUUAUAUGAAGACCUCACGAUUUUGGCUAAGUUGUACUCGCAGUUACGUGAUAAGGAGCAAAUAAUAGAACUGAUCUUCGAGGGAACGACUUCCGAAUUACUAAAAGACAUAAUCACGAUAUUCUACUCACCAUUAGCUCAAGUCUACAAGGCUGCUAGUAUAGGGGAUUCCCUGAGUGAUCUACAGAGUUUUAUUAAUGAUUUAAUUCGAACUGUAGAAGGGGCGGAAGAAACUAAUCAAGAUAAUCCUCAAAUAAUCGUUCAGACGUUCAUCGACCUUGUUGAAAGGCAUGAGCAAUCGUUCUACAACUUUGUUCAUAAAGUCCAUGCGAAGGGCGAAGGACUAUUCGACAAUCUUAUGAAAUGGAUCCAGCUCUUCUUGUCUGUAUUUCGAGAGGGUUUCGACGAGAAAGUCAGUCUGGAGUUCCUCCUCCCUCACACUGGACCAGACCGGGUUGCGAUUAUGAAGGAGCUCGAUGAUAUUGCUUUGUACCAUUACAAACUGAAGCUUGCACACGAGGAUAAACUUCGGCGUCGUUUUGGUCGGGCGCAAAAUCAGUCAGAGGCCGAUGCGGAAGACGAGGCGGCGCAACUAUUAGUCAAUGGCGUAGUGCACGACUUGAGCUUUGGCGAACUUGUUCGUGGAGAUGCGGAGGAUAUGGAUGCUGCGAUGAGUGAUGAAGAUGACAGCAGUGACGACACGGAAGACAGUGACGAGGAAGAGGAAACGUCGGAGUCCGACUCUGAGUCGGAAAGUGGGUUGAGUAGAGAAGAUGGUCCUCCCGUACCACCAAAACCAAUCCAUAGGGCAUCGACGAUUGCAGGUUCGACACGGGAGAGUCUCACUCCGCAAAGGAUCGAGCGACAUGCUUCUCAGCCGCAUCAUUCGCCUCAUCAACGAUACAACUAUCGUGGACGAGAUGCACAACGCGAAGUAGCACCUCCGGUACAUAAGCUUCGUUCGCGUUCGCGCUCCAUCGGAGCGUUGAAGUCCAUUUUCUCUCGAAAUAACGCGGAUGCUCCGCCCGUUCCGCCGUUACCAUCCUAUGUUCCUCAAUCACCACUUGGAAAGCCUCUCCCACCCAGCCCUCUUUCUGCUCGUUCUUCACAGGACAGUCAGAUAUCGCAAGCCACACCGCGUCGUCGGGCGUGGUCAUCCCAGAACAGACCGAGUAAAAAGAAGAAAGAUAAGGCUGCGCUAGAGUUGAAGCCUCCUGAGCUGAAGGAGAUUCCGAAUCUUUUGCCUAUUUUCGUGGAAAUGGUGAGUAAAACAAUUUGA